UACCACAACAACAAAACAAGGGCCCCGAGUUGGAUUUGUGUUGAAAUGUAGCUUGUUUUUAUUAAAAUGAAUCUGCCUCAACAAGUAACUCACUAAUUGACAACGAUCAUGUAGUUAGACCCCAAAACCCGUCCAUAGUAGAAUUAGCAAAGAGGCUGAAAUGCAAAAUUCCAUCGAAUGAAUAAGCACUUAUGGAUACAUGAAACGUUUCACGAAGUAACGCGAAGUCAGCAUGUCAACGAACCCCAACUCCAGCGCUGCCGUCAGCGUCAGCGUCAGCGCUAGCCCUCAGCUGCCACAAGUUCAGGCAGCAGCAACGGCAGCAGCAGCCUUUGCCAUGCCAUGCAACCGUAACCGGGAGAGAGAGGUGGUGGUCAGAGGCAGCUCCUCGCAGCGUAACCUGCUCGAGUUUGUGUGCAUCUGCAUUGCGUGCAUCGCCUGCUAUUACAACAGCACCCAGUGCGGACUCGUGUUCGACGACAUCAGUGCCAUAAGGGAUAACAAGGACUUGCGGCCUCACACCCCACUGCGUAAUGUGUUUCUCAACGAUUUCUGGGGCACGCCGAUGCGCAAAGAGCAGUCCCACAAGUCCUACCGACCGCUCACAGUGCUGACAUUCCGCUUCAACUACUUGCUGCAUGCACUGGAGCCGUUUGGCUAUCACCUCGUCAACCUGCUGCUGCACUUGGUGGUCUGCCUGCUCUGGCGUCGGGUGUGCCGGCUGCUGCUCCGGCAGUGUGCGGCCGUGGGCAGUAAUGUAACUUCGGCCUCGCUUAACACAUGCGCCUUUGUGGCCUCGCUGCUCUUUGCCAUUCACCCGGUGCACACGGAGGCCGUUACUGGUGUCGUCGGUCGAGCUGAAUUGCUCUCUUCCAUCUGCUUCCUGGCCGCCUUUCUCAGCUACGCAAAGUCCGUCGGCGAUUCCGGAUGCACUCGGCGCACCAAUUGGCUGGGGCUGUUCCUCUGCUUUGGCAGUUGUCUCUCGGCCUCCAUGCUGUGCAAGGAGCAGGGAAUCACCAUUGCCGGCAUAUGCGUUGUCUACGAGCUGUUUGUCGUGCAUCAACUGCGCCCGCUGGAUUUGUGCCACUUUGUGCUGCGUUUCUUUGAGGAGCAGCCCGAGCAGCAGUCCCCCAAGUCGGGCUCUCGUCGCUGGUCCUCGUCGGCACUGUGGAAACGCUUAACCUUCCUGGCUGGCAUCACGCUGGCCCUUCUGGCAGGGCGUGUCUAUGUGAUGGGCUCGGAGUUGCCCAUUUUCACGCGCUUCGAUAAUCCUGCUUCAGCGGCAGAUACACCCGAACGGCAGCUCACCUACGGCUACCUAAUCUACCUUAAUUGCUGGCUUCUCCUGUGCCCCUCCCUGCUCUGCUGCGACUGGACCAUGGGCACUGUUCCGCUGCUGGAGGGAUUCUCGGAUGCUCGCAAUGUGACUACUCUGUGCACCUUCCUGGCCCUGGGACUGCUGGUGGCCAAGGCCUGUUUCACACGCAAUCUGGCCCAAUCGCGAACGCUGCUGAUGUGCCUCGGGUGGAUGGUGCUGCCCUUUCUGCCGGCUUCCAAUCUGUUCUUCCCUGUGGGUUUUGUGGUGGCCGAACGCAUUCUGUAUAUGCCAUCGAUGGGCUACUGCCUGCUGGUGGCCUACGGCUUCGAGCAGCUGCAGCGACGUUGCAGCCUCAAAUGGAGAACCCUGGGGCAGGUGGCACUCGCCGUUUUGCUGCUCUCCCACGCACUGAAGACCCAUCAACGCAAUCGGGACUGGCGUACGGAGUACUCGCUGUUCAUGUCCGGUGUGCAUGUGAAUCAGCGCAAUGCCAAGCUCUACAACAAUGUGGGACACGCCCUGGAAAACGAGGGAGUGUACGAGGAGGCGCUGCUCUACUUUCAGCAGGCGGUGCGCAUUCAAACGGACGAUAUUGGCGCUCACAUCAAUGUCGGCCGGACAUUCAACAACCUCAAGCGCUAUGCGGAGGCGGAGCAGGCGUAUGUGAAGGCCAAAGCUCUGUUUCCGCAGGCCAAGCCUGGAGUCAGCUAUCAUGCACGCAUAGCACCCAAUCACUUGAAUGUAUUCAUCAACCUGGCGAAUCUCAUAGCCAAGAACCAGACACGACUCGAGGAGGCCGAUCAUCUCUAUCGUCAGGCCAUCAGCAUGAGGAGUGACUACGUUCAGGCCUAUAUCAACCGCGGUGACAUUCUGAUGAAGCUCAAUCGCACUGCCCAGGCGCAGGAGGUGUACGAGCAGGCUCUGCUGUAUGACAGCGAGAACGCAGACAUCUACUACAACCUGGGCGUGGUCUUUCUGGAGCAGGGCAAGAGCCAACAGGCUCAGGUGUACUUCAACAAGGCCAUCGAGCUGUAUCCGGAGCACGAGCAGGCGCUGCUCAACUCGGCCAUUCUGUUGCAGGAGCUGGGUGGCGAGGAGGCGCGCAAGGUAUCCCGCUCGCGCCUGUACAAGGUGCUGGCCAAGGAUGAUCACAACGAGAAGGUCUACUUCAAUCUGGGCAUGCUGGCCAUGGAUGAAUCGAGCUUCGAAGAGGCGGAGCAGUUCUUCAAGCGAGCCAUUCACCUCAAGUCGGACUUUCGCAGCGCUCUCUUCAAUCUGGCCCUACUGUUGGCGGACACAAAGCGGCCUUUGGAUGCAGUGCCCUACCUAAACCAGUUGAUACGCUACCAUGCCUCGCAUGUGAAAGGCCUCAUCCUGCUGGGCGACAUCUACAUCAAUCACAUGAAGGAUUUGGAUGCAGCCGAGAAAUGCUAUCGCAGCAUUCUUCAGUACGAUCCCCAGAACACCCAGGGACUGCACAAUUUGUGCGUGGUGUUUGUGGAACGGAAGCGGCUGGCCAAGGCAGCGGCCUGUCUGCAACAUGCCCAACGGCUGGCUCCAGCCGAGGACUACAUUGGUCGCCACCUGCAGAUUGUCCAUUCGCGACUGCAGAAAAUCAACAAGUUACCUGAGUCGGCUCCAGAGCGGCAGCUCGCCUACGAGGACUACGAUCCGCACGAGUUUGAGCUGCCCCAAGAUCGGGCCAGCCCACACAAGUCUCGCAAGCGAUCAUAGCAAAAGCGGGCAUAAGUCAGAGCAAAAGGAUAUUAAUGUGUAAAGACGAAAACUUCACUUGACCAUUUUAUGUCGAGUGAAAAGUUUGGCAUUCUGUGAGGUGUUCAGAGUCUGAUUAAGGAUAAAUGCGAUAUUCCACUAUAUUCCAGAGUAAGCUCUGCUGUACUUAUUAGUUAUAAACACUAACAUCUGAAGAUAUUUACACAACUAUUGUGGACUAGUUGCACACUUCCAAUGUGAUGAGAGGCCGUCAAAUGAGUGAAAAUGGUUAUUUAUUUUGUAAAUACAAUUCUAUAAUUUCUUUGACAGCUAGAAUCUUGCAUUUACCUUUGCAGAAAACUACAAUUAAAAAUGUACUUAACGAUAUUAA